CUUCCACUAUGAGCAGCAUUGAUUCAGCCGGUGUGUGAAAUCUGCAAUGUCACUGACAAGUAAAGACUCGAGACAUUGCCUCUCAAUACAGAACCAUUGCACAGUCAAAGAACCAGAAUCCAGGCUGCAGAGGCAUUGGUGUUACUAACUGCAUAACACAGACCUAACGCAGUAUUGAAAAAUAUGAUGCAAGGUGGGGUUGCAUUCAUAUAACAGAAUACAAUUGCAUGUCAUACAUAUUGCAAAAUAUAUGAGCUGUUAUGACAAGAUGAAAUGAAUACAAGAAAAUCCAUAAUACUUCAAAUACAGAGAAAUGCAUAAUACAUUAAAUACGGUGGAAAGUGCAGCAUACAUGAUAGCACCAUGUGAAGUGGGAAGUGUAUGUCCAUAUACACAAUACAGGGUGCGUGUUUGCGUUGAUAGAUUGCAUUUCUCCAAUCGCCUAAUGUUAAACUUCGCAACAUGCCUGUCGAUUUCAUUCACUUGAGUAAAUUGGUCCCGUUUUCUCACGUGCGUCCCCCCCCCCAAAAUACUGCCCGGCGGUCACUCCGGUCCAGGGCAGAGCACUCCCCGAUCACUCCACUGAGCCGCAGAUCGGACCGCCUUCAUUGGCCAGAGUCCCGGCGGAGGGAGCAGCCGAUUGGCGGAGAGGUGAAUUACACGUGAACAGAGUCCUCCAGCUGAGAGGCACCUUUAAAAAGUUUAAGCGGCGUGCAAGAACAAUCGGGCUUUCAGUCUCAGAGCUGCGUUUCGGGUCAGCUCUGGAAACCACGUUUGUAAAAAAUAGUUUCAGGGCAGCUGCUGAAAACAGUAGGAUGUUAAUUCUAUAAAGGCACCGAGACUAAUUGCAGAACGGCGCGUUACUGUUCACUGUGAUGCCCAUGCCCCACUGCGCGUCAUCGUAGCCCAGUUCAAGAGAGCCCUGCCGCCCUUCAAGAGUGCCCGCGGCUAUGAGCUGCACGAAAGUUGUGUUUGGUGGCUCCCCGGUCUCCUCACCGAUGACGCAGAGAGACCUGACCAUGCGCCUCUGCCUGAGCCCGCCUCCUCCUCCCCUCUGCCACUUCCUGAGCUCCUACGAGGAGCUGCGUUCGGCGGGGGUCCCUUCUCUCAAGCCCCUGCGGCCGUGCCUCAACCCCAAGGCCGGCAGCCAGCAGCCCGGGGAGUGGAUGGAGUCCCACAGCGGAAUCGGGGGUGACGGCACCAGCACCAAGAAGAAGCGCGUGGUCUUCGCCGACUCAAAGGGGCUGUCCCUGACGGCCGUGCGCUUCUUCUCCGAGCGCGAGGGCAGCUGCCUGGACCUGCACCUGGAGCAGCGGGCGGGGCAGGCGAGGAGGGGCUGGGCACAGAGCCCCAGGCUCCAGGAGCGGCCGGAGCACCCGGGAAGGAGGUUCAGUCUGGGAUUCCCGCAGCCCUCCGCCGACUACCUGGCCUUCCGCAACCAGCUCCAGCGGAACCUGGUACGCCUGGAGAACUGCUCCGUCAACGAGCGCUCCCUCAGCGGCACGAUCCGGGUCAAAAAUGUGGGCUUCCACAAGGAGGUCCGUGUCCGCAUCACCUUCGACUCCUGGCGCAGCCACCAGGACCUGCCCUGCUCCUACAUGCACCAGACCUACGGGGAGGUCGACAGCGACUGCUUCUCCUUUGACAUCCCCCUCCCCGCGCACCUGGACCCCCGGGAGCGCGUGGAGUUCUGCGUGUCCUUCUGCUCCGGCCCGCACAUCGCGUGGGACAACAACGAGGGAAUGAACUUCAGGGUCUUCUGCACGGGAGACCAGCAGCCUGCCGCCCCCUCUUUGCCUCCCCCUUCCCCCAGGCCACCCUGCAAGCCCCUGGACAAGCUCUCCGAGCUGGAGCCUCUCUCCAGCCCCAGGGCUGCCGCGGGACUCCUCUUCUGUCAGUUCCAGAGCUGGGGGAGGCUUGAGAAGGUGGCACCGUACUGGUAGACGCAUGCAGGAAGAGCAUGUGGGUCUUCAUGGGGAAGAUUGCCUUCCAAAACUGCCUUGCUUAGUUUCUUGUGCUGCUGUUGUACCUGGCUCCACCCAUCCACUGAACACUGACACUGGAUAUUUUUAAAGGAGUUUGUGGGGGAGGGUGCAGCAGAAGUCUGGAAUUGACAGUUUUUUAACAGAACAUUAUCCUAUUGGUUUUUGUGCUAAUGCUGAUUUAUAUUAAAUGUCGCUGUUUGUUAUAUUAACUCGCUGCUACUCUAGCAGUGCUGUUGAAUGGUUUGGGGGAUUAACGGGGGUAGCAGGGGUCCUGUACGUUUUUUUUCUUCCAAUGGUGGCAACAGCACCUUUUUUUUUAUUUUUAAUUUAAAAAAAAAAAAAAUAAAAGAAGUUUGUUUGUUUUUUUUUUGUUUUUUUUACUUUUAUUAGGUCGGUGGGGAGAUUUGUGAAUGAGAUUUAAUAAGACAAUCUAAAUAAAUUUUAAAAAGCCUGCUGUGCAGUAACUAGGGGAUAAGCUGCAAUAUUGAUAGUGUGUGUUAAUGAUUGUUUCACAGUUUUUUACAGAAGCUUUAUAAAUGUUGAAAAAUACUGAGCUUGUUGUGUGUGUGAAUGAGGAUGGGGCUAUCUGUGUUUCUAAUACCCACGAUCAGCUCUAUAUCUCUCCUGCAUGUGUUUCUGUCUGCACUGUCAGGAGGUGAGAUGCAGGGCUAUGUUCCAUCCUGAUCAUUAGUGGGUUUAGAGAUCUUUCACAGGCACUGCUUAGAUGUGCAAGUUACAUACCACCCCAUUCAAAAUGCCCUUCUCAUGAUUUUGGGUUUGAUAUUAGUUUUAACACUACAGCUCUGGCCAAAGGUUUAGCAUUACCCUCUAUAUAGAAUUAACUGAUUUUUGCUGCAUAAAGUUGAACGAAACCUGCUGAACAAUGUUAACCUAUUGAUAUGCACUGUUUUGUAGUUUUCCAUGAAUGUGACGCUUCGAAAUCGAACAUUAAAUACUGUUGUACUA